GGCCGAGCAUUUGAAGUGUUCAGCACUGUUUCCUGCCUUACCAUGGGCAGAAAGAAGAGAGAGUUUGUGGAUUUGUACACAGACCCUGACUUGGUGAAACUUUUUCUACUAAUUAAAAGAGCCUGAGAAACACUGGCUACAUCCGAAGUUUUGGCAAAGGCUCAUUUCGUGGACUCACUUCCCCCUCUUGUGAACCAUGCUGCCUUGUCCUAGGACCACGUAAAGUCUACUGACUGUUAGUCUCCCUCAGAGCACAGACUAGACUUCAGGUUAAAAUGGGGAACUCCGAGAGCCAGUACACCCUUCAAGGAUCUAAAAAUCAUUGCAACACGCUUGCCGGUGCUAAGCCGAAGCCUUGCUCCCUGAAAAUCCGCAGCAUUCACGCAAAGGAUGACAAGUCGCUGCACGGGUGGGGUCACGGAAGCAGCGGAGCCGGCUACAAGUCCAGGUCCCUGGCCAGAAGCUGCCUUUCGCACUUUAAGAGCAGCCAGCCCUACGCCUCGAGACCCGGCGGGCCCGCGUGCAAAGGCCCCAAGGGCGGCGCGUCCGCCAAGCACAGGACGAGCGCCCCAGCCCCCGCCCCGGCCCCUGCCUCGGCCCCGGCCCCCGCCCCGGCCGCGGGCAACGGCUGCCACCGCGUGGGGCGCCAGUGCGCGGGCCCGGCCGACUGCAACGGGCACGUGGCCGCCCCGCGGCCGGCGGGCGAGGGCCGCGGGAGCCCCCGGGUGCUCAUCAAGACGCUGGGGCGGCUGGACGGCUGCCUGCGGGUGGAGUUCCACAGCGGCGGCCCGCACGGCGCGGCGGCCCCGGGGGAUGCGGGCGGCCCGGUGCGCCUGCUGCGCUACUCGCCCGCCCUGGGCCCCGGGCCCGGCUCGCCGCCCGACCCGCACUCGCGGCCGCGCUCCAGCAAGGGCAGCUCGCUGAGCUCCGAGUCGUCCUGGUACGACUCCCCCUGGGGCGCCGCCGGCGAGGCCGGCGAGGCCGAGGGCCCCUGCCCGGCCGGCGCGCCCGCGGCCCCCAGGCCCCUGCAGCAGAGCUCGUCCCUGUCCUCGCUCCGGGAGCUCGGGCCCGGCGCCCGCCUGGCGCCCGCGGGCCUGCGGCUGCCCCACGACUUCGCGGGCGCGCACGCCGGCCUCAGCCACCGCGUGGCGUUCGCCUCGGACAUGGACGUGCCGUCCCGGGUGGAGCGCCGGGACCCCGCGCCCUACGCGUCCCUCACGCUCCCCUGCCGCCGGCCCAAGGCCCUGACCGAGGACGCGGCCCGGAAGGACACGCUCAAGGCGCGCAUGCGCCGCAUCAGCGACUGGACCGGAAGCCUGUCCCGGAAGAAGAGGAAGCUGCAGGAGCCAAGGUCCAAGGAAGGCAGUGACUACUUCGACAGCCGCUCAGAUGGACUGAACGCAGACCUGCAGGGGCCCUUCCAGGUGUCUGCUUCCCUGUGGCCAGCAGGCUCAGCUCAGAUCCUGUCUCAGAGAAGUGAAUCCGCUCAUGCAAUUGGCAGCGAUCCCCUCCAGCAGAACAUUUAUGAGAAUUUCAUGCGGGAGUUGGAAAUGAGUAGGACUAAUACGGAGAAUGUAGAAACGUCCACAGACACUGCAGACUCCAGCAGCGGGUCACUCAGCUCUUUGGAGCAACUUGAUCUGCUCUUUGAGAAGGAACAAGGGGUGGUCCGAAAAGCUGGAUGGCUGUUCUUCAAACCCCUCGUCACUUUGCAGAAGGAAAGGAAGCUCGAAUUGGUGGCCCGGAGGAAGUGGAAACAGUACUGGGUAACCCUGAAAGGAUGCACCCUGCUAUUCUACGAGACCUAUGGGAAGAAUUCCAUGGAUCAGAGUAAUGCUCCUCGCUGUGCCUUGUUUGCAGAAGACAGCAUAGUGCAGUCUGUCCCAGAACAUCCCAAGAAGGAAAACGUGUUCUGCCUCAGCAACUCCUUUGGAGAUGUCUACCUUUUCCAGGCCACAAGCCAGACAGAUCUGGAAAAUUGGGUCACUGCCAUACAUUCAGCUUGCGCAUCCCUUUUUGCAAAGAAGCAUGGGAAAGAGGACACGGUUCGGCUACUGAAGAACCAGACCAAAAACCUUGUUCAGAAGAUAGAUAUGGACAGCAAGAUGAAGAAGAUGGCAGAGUUACAGCUGUCGGUGGUGAGCGACCCAAAGAACAGGAAAGCCAUAGAAAACCAGAUCCAGCAAUGGGAGCAGAACCUGGAGAAAUUUCACAUGGAUCUGUUCAGGAUGCGUUGCUAUCUGGCCAGCCUACAAGGCGGGGAGCUGCCAAACCCCAAGAGCCUCCUCGCUGCCGCCAGCCGCCCCUCCAAGCUGGCCCUCGGCAGGCUGGGCAUCUUGUCAGUUUCUUCUUUCCAUGCUCUAGUUUGUUCUAGAGAUGACUCUGCUUUCCGGAAAAGAACGCUCUCACUGACCCAGCGAGGAAGAAACAAGAAGGGGAUAUUUUCUUCAUUAAAAGGGCUGGACACUCUGGCAAGAAAAGGGAAGGAGAAAAGACCUUCUGUAACUCAGGUGGAUGAACUUCUGCAUAUAUAUGGUUCAACAGCCGAUGGUGUUCCCCGAGACAACACAUGGGAAGCCCAGACUUACGUUCAUUUUCAGGAUAAUCAAGGAGUUACUGUAAUGAUCAAGCCAGAACACAGAGUAGAAGAUAUUUUGACUCUUGCAUGCAAGAUGAGGCAGCUGGAACCCAGCCACUAUGGCCUACAACUCCGAAAAUUAGUAGAUGAAAACACUGAGUACUGUAUCCCUGCACCAUAUGAAUACAUGCAAGAACAGGUUUAUGAUGAAAUAGAAAUCUUUCCGCUGAGUGUUUACGAUGUACAACUUACCAAGACUGGCAGUGUGUCUGAUUUUGGGUUUGCAGUGACAGCGCAGGUGGACGAGCAUCAGCAUCUCAGCCGAAUAUUUAUAAGUGAUGUUCUCCCUGACGGCUUGGCAUAUGGAGAAGGGUUGAGAAAGGGCAAUGAAAUCAUGACCUUAAAUGGGGAAGCUGUGUCUGAUCUUGAUCUCAAGCAGAUGGAAGCCCUGUUUUCUGAGAAGAGCGUUGGGCUCACCCUGAUUGCCCGGCCACCAGACAGAAAGAGCACCUUGUGUUCUUCCUGGUCAGACAGUGACCUGUUCUCAAGGGACCAGAAGAGUCUACUUCCCCCCCCAAACCAGUCCCAGCUUCUGGAGGAGUUCCUGGAUAACUUCAAAAAGAAUACAACCAAUGAUUUCAGCAAUGUCCCUGAUGUCACAAGUGGCCUGAAAAGGAGUCAGACUGAUGGCGCACUGGCCCGAGUUCCCCGUGAGGAGGACACAGCACAGACGCUCGGGAGUGCAGAGCAGAUCACCGUGCUGUGUAGGAGUUUCAACGACACGCAGAGUAACGGCAUGGAAGGGCCUAGGGGGACUCGGGACCCACCUCCGAGGCCACUGGCUCGCCACCUCUCUGAUGCAGAUCGCCUCCGGAAAGUCAUCCAGGAGCUGAUGGACACGGAGAAGUCCUACGUGAAGGAUCUGAGCUGCCUCUUUGAAUUAUACCUGGAGCCACUUCAAAAUGAGACCUUUCUCACCCAAGAUGAGAUGGAGUCACUUUUUGGAAGUUUGCCAGAGAUGCUUGAAUUUCAAAAGGUGUUUCUAGAGACUCUGGAGGAUGGGCUUUCAGCAUCAUCUGACUUUAAUAUCCUCGAGACUCCUUCACAGUUCAGAAAAUUACUGUUUUCCCUUGGAGGCUCUUUCCUUUAUUACGCGGACCAUUUUAAACUGUACAGCGGAUUCUGUGCUAAUCAUAUUAAAGUACAGAAGGUUCUAGAGCGAGCUAAAACUGAUAAAGCCUUCAAGGCUUUUCUGGAUGCCCGGAAUCCUACCAAGCAGCAUUCCUCCACACUGGAGUCCUACCUCAUCAAGCCAGUUCAGAGAGUGCUCAAGUACCCUCUGCUGCUCAAGGAGCUCGUGUCGCUGACGGACCACGAGAGUGAGGAGCACUAUCACCUGACAGAAGCACUAAAGGCAAUGGAAAAAGUAGCGAGCCACAUCAAUGAGAUGCAGAAGAUCUACGAGGAUUAUGGGACUGUGUUUGACCAGCUAGUGGCAGAGCAAAGUGGAACAGAGAAGGAGGUAACAGAACUUUCCAUGGGGGAACUUCUGAUGCACUCUGCAGUUUCCUGGUUGAAUCCAUUUCUGUCUCUAGGAAAAGCCAGAAAGGACCUUGAGCUCACAGUGUUUGUUUUUAAAAGAGCUGUCAUAUUGGUUUAUAAAGAAAACUGCAAACUGAAAAAGAAACUGCCCUCGAAUUCCCGGCCUGCACAUGGCUCUGCCGAUUUGGACCCAUUUAAAUUUCGCUGGUUGAUCCCCAUAUCCGCACUUCAAGUCAGACUGGGGAAUACAGCAGGGACAGAAAAUAAUUCCAUAUGGGAACUGAUCCAUACGAAGUCAGAAAUAGAAGGACGGCCAGAAACCAUCUUCCAACUGUGCUGCAGUGACAAUGAAAGCAAGACCAACAUCGUCAAGGUGAUUCGGUCUAUUCUGAGGGAGAACUUCAGGCGUCACAUCAAGUGUGAGUUACCCCUGGAGAAGACCUGUAAGGAUCGCCUGGUUCCCCUUAAGAACCGAGUUCCUGUUUCAGCCAAGUUAGCUUCCUCCAGGUCCUUAAAAGUCCUCAAAACUUCCUCCAGCAGCGAGUGGCCCAGCGAGCCGGGCAAGGCCAGCUCCCUGGACUCUGACGAGUGCAGCCUGAGCAGCAGCACGCAGAGCAGUGGCUGCCACCCAGGUGGAAGCCGGCAGGACUGCCUGCAACACCCCCAGACGGGCCUGGCUGAUUUUCCAGACAAUCUCAUCAAAGAGAGUGACAUUCUGAGCGACGAAGAUGAGGACUACCAUCAGACUCUCAAACAGGGCAGCCCUACCAAAGACAUUGAACUUCAGUUCCAGAGACUGAGAAUCUCCGAUGACCCGGACGCAAACGCCGCUGAGCAACAGCCCAGCACAGAGGGCCGACCCAAGGGGGAGCCGCCCAAACUGGUGCGGGGGCACUUCUGUGCCAUUAAACGGAAAGCAAACAGCACCAAACGGGACAGGGGAACUUUGCUAAAGGCACAGAUCCGUCACCAGUCCCUUGACAGUCAAUCUGAAACCACCACCCUUGAUCUCAGUUCCGUUCUGCAGCGAGAGUUCAGUGUCCAGAGUUUAACAUCGGUAGUCAAUGAGGAGUGCUUUUAUGAAGCGGAGAGCCACGGAAAGUUGUAGUGCAAUUUCAGUCCGGACAUGGGUUUAAUUGCUUGUUUUAAACUGGUGGUGAAGUGGAAAUUGCAGAAAACCUAUUUGUUAUUGGGGUUUGUGCAGCAUACAUUUUCCCACAAAAUAGUUGUAAAGAUUUAAGUUAUUUUAAUUUAUUAUAGAUCAGAGAACUAGAUUAAACUGAUCAGAAUCUGUAAGAAUCUGUAAAUUACUUAGUUUAUAUCCCUUUUGAGCAGGUAUCAAAAUGACUUAGGAUCCUUAAAAUUACAAUCUAUUUUAAUUUAUGUGGAAAAAGUAAGAUGGAGAAGUUGUGAUUAAUAGUUUUUAAAAGGUCCCCCCCCCCAAUCCUCUGGGCAUUUUUCUUUGAGCUGUUUUUGCUUUAUUUAAAGCAUAUUUAUUUUAAUGUGGGUGAGGGGCACAAUGUGCAGAUAUUUCAUUUUUGUAAGGUUGUAACAGAUGCUGUUUAUACUGAACCUGUCAUAUCUAUGCAGUAUAUAUAUUAAAAGAAAGCUUGUACUGUAUCUUAUUUGAUUAUAUUUAUUUUCUCUACCAAGAUGUACAGUAAAAGGGAAAUAAGUCA